UCACCAAACGGUGCGUAUCAUCAGUUUUAUUGCUGGAAUUUCGAAGGUUAAAGCUCGCUUCCUUUGACGUAGGUCUCGACACCGGAGCCUUAGCCUAUGGAUAAAUCCACUUUGUCUUCUCCUAAUUGUUGCUGCUGUGAUUGUUGACUCUCGAAUCGUUCAGCUGCUAAUAAAUUUCACCACUGUCUCAAAAUCCCUAUAACAAAACCAUUUAUUAUGCAUUUUGAAUAAGGGUUUUAUGUUUUUCCCCCUCUAGAAUUUCAAUUUCAUGUGCUCUCGUUACCCCAAUCUCCUUUAGGGUUAGGGUUAGGGUUUGAGUUCAAAGAUACGAAGAUGUACGCUGAUCGAGUGGAGGCUACCUCCAAGAGGUCAGUUAAGGACCGUUUAAAUGGCAAUUUAACCCUUGACGACUCUACUCGCAGGCCAUCAAUCACUGGCAAAAGGCAGAGGCAAGACGACAAGUGGGAACAUGAUCUUUAUGACAAUGAUGAACGUCAAGCUUCAAAUCGCAUAGUUGGUGUACGAGAUCUUCGUUUAAAGCUGCAAAAGAAAAGCGUACAACAGGUAUCUCAAAGUGGAAAGAGUACUCUUUCAGGUGUGCGAGAUCUUCGUGAAAAGUUAUCUGGGACAAUGAAUUCGCAACCACUGAACUCUGAUCCGCCAAAACCAAAAUUGUUGGCUGCUAAGCCGGCCCGAAAGAGUGUUGCUGCUGAAGCUCCGGGUGCAGAGACCAUAAGAGUUGCUGAUCCAACACUGAGAAAGAAAGUUCAGCAGAAGGCUGAUACAUCAGUUGAUGGGUUUUUGCGGUCAUUGGGUCUUGAGAAAUAUUCCAUUACUUUUCAAGCCGAGGAGGUUGAUAUGGCAGCCCUUGUACACAUGACUGAUGAGGACCUCAAGGCUAUGGGAAUACCAAUGGGCCCAAGAAAGAAGAUACUGCUGGCAUUGGAAUCUAAAGGCUGACAUUUUGGGGUGCAGCUGCAUUUUGAUGUUGGCAUUGAUCCCCAAGUCUGAAACAUGUUUUGUUGUCCUUCAUAAUUGUAGACUUGUGUUUUGGUUGAUAUGAGACUUGGCUUAACAUUUCCCCCCUUUUUUAAUAGUUAUUAUUUUCUCUUUACCAUUUGUAUGCUGAAAUUAGCUUGAAACUAAACUGGAUUUGGAAUUGAUAGUUGCGAAUUUGUAGAAACUUUUUGAUUGA